AUGGCAUCCAGACUGGACAGGCUGGUGACUAUCCUCGAAACGGGAAGCACCAGACUGAUACGAGAAACCGCUGUCAACCAGCUUGCAGAUUGGCAAAAACAACACCCCGAUGAACUGUUUAACCUCUUGUCCCGCGUUGUUCCCUACCUGCGUCACAAGGAUUGGGAAACCCGCAGCACCGCAGCCAAGGCUAUCGGCAAAAUCGUUGAAAAUGCCCCUCUCUAUGACCCCAAUGAGGAAGAUGCUCUUCCAGCGCCAAAGAAGGAAGAGGAUACUGGCGAGAAUGGCCACAUCAAGAAAGAAGAGGGCGAUAAGGAUACUCUCCUCACCGAAGAUGACCUACUCAAGUUUGAGUCCCUUAAUGUUCACUCAAUAUUAAAUUACGGGAGAGAACUGCUCCGUGGCGGUGGUAUCGAAUACAACUUAGCUGCACUUGAUCCCCAAGCGAGACUAGAGCAUCAGAAGAAAACUCUACUAGGCCGACUUGGCUUGUUGGGACGCAAAUUUGAGGACGAGGAGAUGCCUGUUGUCGCCGACAGUCAGGCUGUGCCCAUGACCCCCAUCGAAGGUAGCAAUGGGAAUGGAAUUACUCGAAGCGACAGCAUAUCUCAGAGUCAAGGUGGAGAGGACUCACAACUCAGCUCAAGACAACUCAAUGUACUGAAACGAAAACGAAAGAGAGAGGCGAUGAAGGCCUCUCAAGGUAAAGGAGGGUUUGGCGACCUUUCGCUGCGACGCUCUACCACUGCCGGAUCUGAGGGUCUAGGCGCUGACGAAACUCCCAUGGCAGAAGGAGAAUCCAAGAAGAAUGGCAAGAUGAAUGACUAUUUUAACCUCGACCGGCCCUCCGAUGUCGACGAAGGAACCAAAGUUGUUAGCGAAUUUAAGGGCCCUGUCAUACCUAUCAAAUCGGAACUGGAGGCGGAAGAUACCAUGGAAGGUGCUGAGUGGCCAUAUGAACGACUGUGUGACUUUCUCAAGAUCGACCUGUUCGAUCCGUCGUGGGAAACCCGUCAUGGCGCGGCAAUGGGCCUGAGAGAAGUCAUCAGGGUCCAUGGUGGAGGCGCUGGAAGAAUACGUGGGAAGGGCAUGGAGGAUAAUGAAUCCCUGAAUAAGAAGUGGUUGGAUGACCUUGCCUGCCGGCUUUGCUCUGUAUUGAUGUUGGAUCGAUUUACCGAUUACAGUUCAGACACCUCGGUGGCGCCUAUAAGGGAGACCAUAGGCCAGACACUUGGUUCAGCCUUGAAGCACAUUCCUUCCACCUCGGUUUAUGACAUUUACCGGAUCUUAUAUCGCAUGGUGAUGCAGGAGGACCUCGAAUUAGAGCGCCCGGUCUGGGCUGUGUGCCAUGGUGGCAUGGUCGGACUCCGAUACGUCGUUGCUGUGAGAAAGGACCUCCUUUUGCAGGAUGGCGACAUGAUCGAUGGCAUCAUCAAGGCAGUUAUGAAGGGUCUGGGUGAUAUGGACGACGAUGUGAGAUCCGUGAGCGCUGCAACCCUUAUUCCUAUGGCAAAGGAAUUUGUCACGAUGCGCCCGGAUCAGCUGGAUGGAUUGACAAGUAUUGUUUGGGAGAGUCUUUCCAAUCUUGGCGACGAUCUCAGCGCAAGCACUGGGCGCAUCAUGGACCUUCUCGCCACCUUGUGUGGCUUCCCGGAAGUCCUAGAGGCUAUGAAGGCAUCCGCAGCACAGGAUGAGGAGAGAUCCUUCACUCUGCUCGUGCCACGUUUGUACCCCUUCCUCCGUCAUACCAUCACGUCUGUGCGUCUCGCCGUAUUGAAGGCCUUGCUUACGUUUGCCAACCUUGGCGAUGAUACUUCACACGGCUGGCUUAAUGGCCGAAUUCUUCGACUCAUUUUCCAAAACAUCCUCGUCGAAAGGGAUGUAGAGACACUUAACAUGUCGUUGGAGUUGUGGAAUGCCCUGGUCGGCACCUUGGCGAAGAACCCAGCCGUUCUCGCAGACGAGUUUGCACCUCACAUUGACCCCCUCAUGGAACUUACGCUACACCCGAUCGGCGUCUCGCGAAAUCCUAUCCCGAUGAAUGCAACUCUCUUCCAAAAACCUUCAGGUGGAACCUACUCGGCACAGGGCAUGGGUCCCCCAUCCGGUCGACGACUGUCCUCUCCCGAUGGUGCAGAUAGAGCGCCUAAGCGACGUCGCAAGUCUACCAAAGCUGAAGAGCCCGUGUCGACAGGAAUGACUCACGAUGUCGAUGGCCAUAUGAUGCAAGGUGACGUUGACUUGGUAGGCAUGGACGUGCUAAUUCGAUCUCGGGUGUCAGCAGCCAGUGCCAUGGGCAAAAUCAUGUCCCUUGUACCAUCGUCAAAUCUCGAUGAUUACGAUGCCCUGCUGGUGCCUGGUUUGACUUCUGCCUUCUCUUCCACGCAGCUUACUGCCUGCUUGGUUGUGGAUGAAUUUGCCAAGAGCUGUGCAACCGCAGACGAACCUGCUCGAUACACUGAACAGCUGCAGCGCAUAGUCGAGCUCGAAAGACCUUCAUCAUAUAGAGAUUUGGUCAAUUUUGUGCAACGCGCCAGAACCCAAUGCCAGCAGCUCAUCCACCUGUUCCGUGAUCAUGGUAAAGUAUCGCACGGCAAGCUUCCAGUUCUUCCAGUCGUCGUUCAAGGCGAGCCAGAAGCAGGACCAAGUGCCUUUUCAAUUGCCACAGCAGAAAAGUGUGUCGGGGAUGAUUUCGAGAGGCUCAAGAAGAUAAUGCCUCCUGGACAGCGCCUAAUAGCUAGCCAGCAGCUGGCUGAGGCUAGAAAUGUCGCAGUAGCGGCCAUUGGGGAAGCCAAAGCGUUCAAAGACGCGCGUGAUACCAGGAUCAAAGCCGGCGCUGCUUGUGCCAUGGUUGCAAUGAAGCUGCUUCCUAAGAAGCCAAGCCCGUUGAUCAAAGGUAUCAUGGACUCGGUCAAAACCGAAGAGAACCAGCUCCUCCAAAACCGGUCAUCGGCAACUAUUGCGAGGCUUGUACAGCUCUUCGCUGAAAAGGGCCGGAAGGGGCCUGCUGAUAAAGUUGUCGCCAAUCUUGUCAAGUUCUCCUGUGUGGAGGUUGCCGAGACGCCAGAAUUCCCUGUUCAUGCCGCCAAGACCUCCUGCAUCCUCUCCAUGCAAAAGGAGGAAGAUAGAGUCGAUCACCCUGAUGCUGCCAAGUGGGCCAAGGAAGCUAAAGCUGCUAGAAUUACACGACGCGGUGCCAAGGAGGCUCUUGAGAUUUUGUCAAAAGCGUACGGGGCAACCUUGCUGGAAACAGUUCCAAGUCUUCGAAGCUUCAUGGAAGAGCCCAUGGUCAGGGCCUUCUCCGGCGACCUCCCGACAGAAGCCAAGGACCCUGAGAAUGUCUUUGGCCAAGAGAUCGUCGAUGCCAUGUCCGUCAUCCGAACGAUGACUCCAACUCUGGACGUUGCCCUGCGUCCUUUCGUCAUGAAAAUGUUGCCCCUUGUUAUCAAGGCACUUCACUCGGAGCUCUCGGUGUUCCGGUACAUGGCAGCCAAGUGUCUUGCCACAAUCUGCAGUGUAAUUACGGUGGAAGGCAUGACUGCUCUCGUUGAAAAGGUUCUCCCGUCAAUUACCAAUCCCUUGGAUCUGAACUUCCGCCAGGGCGUCACUGAGGCCAUCUACCACUUGAUCGCAGUCAUGGGUGACGCCAUCUUGCCAUAUGUUAUCUUCCUCAUUGUACCCGUUCUUGGCCGAAUGAGCGACUCCGACAACGAGAUUCGACUUAUCGCAACAACGUCGUUUGCAACUUUGGUGAAGCUUGUUCCGCUGGAAGCGGGCAUUCCUGACCCCCCUGGCCUGUCUGAAGAACUCCUCAAGGGCCGAGACCGGGAGCGAACUUUUAUUGCACAACUUUUGGACCCGAAGAAAGUUGAGCAGUUCCAGAUACCCGUUGCCAUCAAGGCCGAACUGCGGUCCUACCAGCAAGAAGGCGUAAACUGGCUCCACUUCCUCAACAAAUAUCACCUUCAUGGCAUUCUUUGUGACGACAUGGGCUUGGGCAAGACACUCCAAACCAUUUGCAUUGUAGCAAGCGACCAUCACCAACGGCAAGAGGAAUUCGCCAAGACGGGCGCUGCCGACGUUAGACGGCUACCAUCCCUCAUUGUCUGUCCCCCAACACUUUCUGGACAUUGGCAACAAGAAAUCAAGACGUAUGCGCCGUUCCUUACUGUUACGGCCUAUGUAGGACCGCCGGCCGAGCGCAAAACGAUGAGAGAUAAACUGGGGGAGACCGACAUCGUGGUAACGUCGUACGACGUCUGCAGGAAUGACACGGAUAUUCUGGACAAGCACAGCUGGAACUAUGUGGUUCUUGACGAGGGCCAUUUGAUCAAGAAUCCCAAGGCCAAGAUUACUCAGGCUGUCAAGAGGCUUGCCAGCAACCACCGCCUCAUCCUGACGGGCACGCCAAUUCAGAACAAUGUCUUGGAGCUCUGGUCCCUGUUCGACUUCCUCAUGCCAGGUUUCCUCGGGGCCGAGAAGGUGUUCCUGGAUCGAUUCGCCAAGCCCAUCGCGGCAAGCCGUUUCAGCAAGGCCUCCUCAAAGGAACAGGAAGCGGGAGCAUUGGCAAUUGAAGCUUUACACAAGCAAGUGCUACCAUUCUUGCUGCGUCGGUUGAAGGAAGAGGUGUUGAAUGACCUGCCGCCGAAGAUCCUUCAAAAUUACUACUGUGACCUAAGCGACCUGCAGAAGAAGUUAUUUGAAGACUUCACCAAGAAGCAAGGCAAGAAGCUGCAGGCUGAGGCCGGUCGUGACGACAAGGAGGCAAAGCAGCACAUUUUCCAAGCUCUGCAGUACAUGCGGAAGUUAUGCAAUUCACCGGCGAUGGUUAUGAAGCCAGGCAGCCCUACCUACGACGAUACGCAGAAGAUCUUGCAGAAGCAAGGAACGUCGAUUGAGGACACAAUCCACGCACCUAAACUCACUGCCUUGAAGGACCUUUUGGUUGACUGUGGCAUUGGUGGGGAUGACGGGGAUACUAAUGAUCCCCUGUAUCAGCCCAUCAAGCCACACAGAGCACUUAUUUUCUGUCAGAUGAAGGAAAUGCUGGACAUGGUGGAGAAGAAGGUUCUGAGAGAGCUCUUACCGUCGGUUUCUCACCUUCGAUUGGAUGGAUCUGUUGAGGCGAAUAAGAGACAGGAUAUUGUCAACAAGUUUAACAGUGAUCCAUCAUACGAUGUGUUACUUUUGACAACUAGUGUCGGUGGCCUCGGUCUCAAUCUUACGGGUGCUGAUACCGUCAUUUUCGUGGAACAUGACUGGAACCCGCAAAAAGAUUUGCAGGCUAUGGACCGAGCACACAGAAUUGGACAGAAGAAGGUGGUCAACGUGUACCGACUGAUUACUCGUGGCACGUUGGAAGAGAAGAUUCUCAGUCUCCAACGAUUCAAGAUUGAUGUAGCAUCGACCGUGGUCAAUCAGCAAAACGCGGGGCUGUCAACGAUGGAUACAGACCAGAUUCUUGAUCUAUUCAACCUAGGUGACUCGGGACCAAACCUGAUAACGGAUAAGCCGCAAAAGGAAGUGGACGGACGAGAAGAGGACAUGGUGGAUAUUGAGACUGGCGAUGUACUGCGCCAGCCAGGUAAAAAGGCUUGGCUGGAUGACCUAGGGGAACUAUGGGACAAUAAGCAGUACGAAGAGAGCUUUGACCUGGAUGAUUUCAUGAAGACCAUGUCAUGA